AUGGCCACACGGACGCCCGUGUACUUCGUUUCUCACGGGGGCCCGGACACAAUGUUCGACACCAAGCACCCCGUCUACGCACAGCUGCAGCGUCUCGGCCGCGAGAUCACGCAACAGGUGAAGCCGUCGGCCAUCGUGGUCUUCUCCGCGCACUGGCAGGCCGAUCGGCCCAACACGAUCGAGGUCAACGUCGCGGAGGACGAGCCAUUGAUCUACGACUUCUACGGGUUUCCUCGCAGCUACUACAUGGAGAAGUUCCCCAACAAGGGCUCAGCCAAGGUUGCGCAACGGGUCAUUGACGUACUCGAGGAGCAUGAGAUCAAGACGGAGAAGGCGGAGAGGGGGCUGGACCACGGCGUCUUCGUGCCCUUCAAGGUCAUGUUCAAUCCCGAAACGAAUCCCGUGAACGUGCCCAUCGUGCAGGCCAGUCUCUUUGACGACCACACCGACGCAGCCGCGCACAUCAAGCUCGGGCGCGCAGUCCAGAAACUGCGAGAGGAGAACAUCCUCAUCAUAUGCUCGGGCAUGAGCGUGCACAACCUGCGACAUCUGAUGAUGUUGGGCAGGGGUUCGGAUAGGACGAUGCCCUAUGCGGUGACGUUCGACGAAGCUUUGAAGGUCGCAGCGGAAACAAAACCAGGGGAGCAGCGGGACGAGAACAUGAUUGAGUUGUUGGAAAGGGAUGAUGCGAGACAGGCGCAUCCGACCUUUGAGCAUCUCUUGCCUGUCCACAUUGCCGCGGGUGCGGCGGGAACGGACCAGGGGAAGCAACUGUGGACAAUGCAGGAAGCGAGCAUGGGCUGGGCGCAAUACAGAUUUGGAGAGGUGGGAGCUUGA